UAAAGUGCUAAUGGCUUCCUGGCAGCUCUGGUUACUGUAUCAGAGCUGUACCUCGUAGUAUCGGAGUCAACCUAUUCGCUAAGCCGAGCUAUUGCUUAGUUAAUUAUAAUAUCUGGAUGGUAUAAUCAAUACAUUGUUGUAACUAAUUCCCCGGUGAACAAACCAUAACCUCUUUGUUAAUCGUCGCUGUUUCCAGCAAAGCACUUCCGGUGCUGACCGGAUGUUGCCAAAGUAGCAUUUGAGCGCCCUGUGCAGUCAAGUGAAUUGAGGCCAGCCAAAUGUGUCUCCACAGUGUUUGUAAGGUGCCGUUGGAAACCUCGGCUUGGAAAUAGUUGUGUCCAUACUGCUUCCAUUCCCCGUUGACACCGAGUGAAGCCCCGGCCUCGGUGUUCCUUCUGCGUCUUACCAAAUUGUGAACCAUGAUGGAGCGAAGAAGAGCCUUAACUAUUCCCUUUAAUGUUGACAAGGAUAACCGGAUGGAAAACCCGCUCCAAAUCUCCGUGCCGUGUCUUUCAUCACAGUGUGGAAAGUUAGAAAGACAGGUUUCCUGGACUGCAUUUGCAGAUUGCAAACGCAGACAUCGGAGUUCACAGCAUAUCAAUGGAGCCAUGCUGGUUGAUCACGCAACAUCGGAAAUGGCCAGGCGGAAGCCCUGCCUGGUCCUGACCGACGUCCUCGAGACGGAACUGGGAAAGGCGUACAUCGAAAGGAUGAAACAGAGUCGGGCUCUGGACAACGGAGUGUCGAGUCCACGGAGGGAGAGCGCUCGAUCCGCAGAGGAGCCCGCGACCUGCAAAGACACGAGGUCCAGACAGAAGGAGGAGAACACGAGCGUGACCCCUAAAUGCAACCGGGAGACGACCUCUUCGCCCGCUCAUUGGUCAAGACUCAGGAGAAGUUCUCAAAAUGUUGACGAUGAAGUGGACGUAGAAGAAAACAAAGACAUUGAAGAGGUGAUAAUAGGAAAGGACAACGGAGACAACUUCAAAUUCGCUGAAGUUGUAGAUUGUGGGUUGUCAGUGAGCUGGGAGCCUGCCGCGGAUACAGGAAGUUGUGAUGAGUUCCCCCCGGCCAGCAUCGAGGACCGGUUGAGUGGUCCAGAAGAAGAAGAAGAGGAGGAGGAGGAAGAAGAGGAAGAAGAAGAAGAAGAACAACAACCCAGUUUGAAGAAGAGGAAAAUGAAGGACGCGGGGUCCCAGUGCAAUGGGACCGGCAGCCCCAAACGCCACCGCGAGAGCGUGCUUCGCCUCACGGGAGAAGACAGAAGGGACGGAGGACGGGCACCGACGCGGGUUUGUCUGGAAGAAAGCGGAGAAGACGGAGAUUCGGAGAGCCAGGACCGAUCCAUCGUGCAGUUCACGGUGGGAGCAGAUGAUCAAACGGAGGUUGCGGUCCUUAAUUUGGAGGCCGGAGACUCUGUUAGCGCCGCCGGAAGAAGUCCAUCGUCUAACCAGGACAACGCAACUACAGCCAGCCCCUCUGAACCCAUUGUGCUGUCCAGUGAUGACGAAGAGGAAGAGGAGGAGGAGGAGGAGGAGGAGGAGGAGGAGGAGGAGAGUGGUGACCCAGCAUCCGAUGCACUGGUCGCCGUGGGAGACGCAGUGAUACAGACGCAGUCCCUGCAGGAAGCUGUGGCCAAACGGCAAGAAGCUUCUGAUAUAGACGACAUACAGGUGUUGCGUGUAGUUGUGGAUCUUCCCGGUCCAAUGGAAAUGUCCUCCAUCCCCAGUAUAGACUACUCCUUCUCCACGCUGCACUGUGGAGGUUACCAAGGGAGAGCCAAUGGAGACAUCAUGAUAGCAGACCAACAAAUCAUCAUCCCACUGACAGAUGCCGACGAACAGGUGGAGGUGGUUUUAAUCCUGGACCGUAAAGACCUGCGGAGGUACAGUGUGUGGGAACGUCAGGAGCUGGAGGACCGGGCGCUUCACUUUCAGGACGACGAGGAGGGUCCUUACCCCGUCGCCGUCCUUCUGUUUUGCGUGUCGGAAAGCGCCGCGGCUGCUGUGCGGCGAGAACUGCUGAAGCUGAGCGUCAAACGAGGCGGAAACGCCAGCUGUGGCAAGGUGAGCCCCUUCAUUCUGCUGACGCUGAGGCAUCCUGUGGAGGGAAUGGAGGGCGCUUUGUUACGCUCCCUCCUGGACAUCGACUGUCUCAACAGUCUGACGCGGGAAACAUUCCUCCACGACGCCGACGCAGUCGGUUGCUUGGAGGACUUCCACUCUCCGGUUCUUUCUCUGGACGACAGCGUGGAGCUGAUCAGAAGAACCGGACUGGACUCUCACCUGUUGUCUCUGCUCGGCCUGGAGGCCACGGACUCCAACCCCGACUCGGACCAGGACGGUUCACAUUGCGGUACGGACGAUAACGCCACGCCUCGCGUCCAGCCGGAGGUCGAGUCACCGAAGGGGAGCGAGCUGGAGACGGGGCAAGACGCCGGGACACGACUCCAACCAGAGGAGGAUCAGAAAGAGAAGGAGCUCCAGCAUCGGCCUCAGGUAAAAAAGCUGGAGCCCGCUCCCGUAUACACACUGUGCCAUCGUAGAACCAAGGGAUCCUACUCCGUGUCCCUGUGUAAACCGCACACCAGCAUGACUAAAUUUAAACAUCAAGGUCUGGCUCGCAGGUUGAUCCAGUUCCCCCCCCCUCCAUUGAAAGGAGGAAUAACCGUCACCAUGGAGGACCUGCGCUGCCUCGACACCGGGCACUUCCUAAACGACGUCAUCAUCGACUUUUACCUCAAGUACCUCCUCCUGAACGCCUCCGCCGCCGUGGCCGAGCGCACGCACAUCUUCAGCAGCUUCUUCUACAAGCAGCUGACGCGGCGGGACAACGCCAGCGAGGGCGUCGCCAACGACUCCUGUCAGAGGCAGAGGCGACACCACCGGGUAAAGACAUGGACACGCCAUGUUGACAUCUUCAAAAAGGACUUCCUGUUUGUCCCCGUCAAUCAGGAGGCUCAUUGGUAUUUAGUUCUCAUCUGCUUCCCCGGACUGGACGAGCCAACGUCUGAGACCUGGAGUGGUCCCAACGGCAAGUGGCAGGAACCAGAGGUGGCUGAGGGGUCUGAAAGCCCGAAAGACAACUCGGAGACCCCGCCUACGUUAAACCACGGCGACCGCUCGGACACGGAGACGGAAAAGCCUCAAGGAGACUCCACUAAAGACCUGUUGCCCGGUCCAGUGAACUGCACGGAGCAAACCUUCCAGAAGAAAACUGUGUGCAAGAGGCCGUGCAUUCUCAUCAUGGAUUCCCUCAAACUUUCUCUUCACGAGCGAGUCUUCAAACUCUUACGGGAGUACUUGCAGUCGGAGUGGGAGGUCCGCCGCGGUUCGUCGAGGGACUUCAGUCUCGAUCAGAUGCAAAGCUCCCACUGCAAAGUUCCCCUCCAAGACAACAGCAGCGACUGCGGGCUCUACCUGCUGCAAUACGUGGAGAGUUUUUUGAAGGACCCCGUGGUGCACUUUGAUCUCCCUCUACACCUACAACAAUGGUUUCCACGGCAGCAGGUGCGGAGGAAACGAGACCAGGUCCGGGAUCUGGUGCUUAACCUAAACCGAGAUCAAAACCGCGGCGCGGACGGAUGAGACGGAUGAAGCUGACUCUGCUGAUUAGUGCGUCGCCACUCCCCCGUCGGACACG